UCAGAUCAGAGGACAGACAGUGUUUUAUAUUUAGCUGCAGCGGCAGCAGCACCUCAGCCCUGCUAGAGAGCUCUACAACCCAACUGUCUAUGUGUGCUGUUCAAGUACCUCUGGGAAGUAUAAGCUGUUUUGAAGAGCGUGUAUGUGUGUGAGUGUGUGUGUUGUAGAAGGACAGAGCCUGAGGAGAUGCACAUACCCCGUCCAGACCAGCGUGUGAGUAUUUGUGGGAACAAGCGGUGCAGCGUCUGACAGAACCGGAGAGGAGAGGUCUGGAUCGACAGAUUCACACGCUCCACCGGGCACUAGGCAGCGGACAGCCGGUUUGCUGACUUUUUGAUUGUUGACACAUUUUCUCAGAGCCAUCAUAUAACUCUCUUUCUCUCUCUCUCGCUCGCUCACUACUCCCCCCCCCCCCCCCCUCGUCUCUGUGAUAGUGUUGAACUAGCCUGAUCUGGUCUGGUUGGUAACACAGUAAGGUAAUGAUGUGUGAGGUGCAGUCAGUGGACAGACUCAGACCCACACGACUCCCCAGGCAACAGAUGCACUGAGACACUAGCUCAGCUCCAAUCCUCAGGAGGAGAGGAAAACCGAGGAAGAGCGAGACGAACUCCGCUUUCACCCCUGGGGCCAUGGACACGGCUGGUCAGAGUGUGCCGGCGACAGAGGCAGGGGGAGAGGGUCGAGGAGGGGGGGGGGAGAGUCGCGAGGGAAUGUUUGUAGGGUCUGUGGACCGGGAGAAUGUGUCCAGCCCAAGCCCCUCCACAAAGCAGCGCUCCCUGAGGGCAGUCUAUGUGCUGAACGAUGGGCUGAAGGCAGUGCUGGCGACCAGCCCCGAGUCGGGGGCACUCCAGUGUCUGCAGAGAGCCUGUGAUGCAGAGAGCGCUCUGUUGACCACCGUCACCUUCGGACGACUGGACUUUGGAGAGACCUCGGUGCUGGACACCUUCUACGAUGCAGACAUAGCGGUAGUUGAUAUGAGUGAUGUGUUCCGCCAGCCGUCGUUGUUUUACCAUCUGGGUGUCAGAGAGAGCUUCGACAUGGCCAACAAUGUCAUCCUGUACCAUGACACUGACCCCGACACCGCUUUGUCACUGAAGGACAUGGUGGCACAGAAAAACACUGCGUCUAGAACACAGACAUUAGGGUUCCCCUGGGUUCAGCUCCCUCCAGAGUACAGAGGCUCUGGAUUACGCAACAAAGUAGGUACUGCUACAAAUUACCCUGAGAGUCUCCUCCGGUUUAACACAUGCCUUUGCCAUAGAGGGGGGCAGAGUCUCCUCUCCCUCUCUCUCCCUACACAUUCAUUUGUUAUCAACAUGGAAUGUUGUUAUGAAUGUGUGUGUGUUGUGUCCUAUCUAGGCACCCUGCAGUACAUGGCUCCAGAGAUCAUAGACAAGGGUCCUCGGGGUUACGGAGCUCCAGCUGACAUCUGGUCUCUGGGCUGCACCAUCAUAGAGAUGGCUACUGGGAAACCCCCCUUCCACGAGCUGGGAGAGCCUCAGGCUGCUAUGUUUAAGGUGGGGAUGUUUAAGAUCCACCCAGAGAUCCCAGAGUCGUUGUCGUUGGAGGCCAAGUCGUUUAUCCUGCGUUGUUUUGAGCCUGACCCUAAUAAGAGGGCUACCGCCUCAGACCUGCUCAAAGAUAUCUUCGUACGACACAAUGUCAAGGGAAAGAAGAGCAAGAUCGCCUUCAAGCCAUCAGACUACAUCCGCAGUGUUUCGCUGCCGGUGCAGUUACAGUGUGAGGCCACCGGGAGCAGCAGUAGCGAACCCGGCUCAGUGAGUCCAGACUGCGACUCCAAACAGGAUGUCUUCUUUCAGAAGAACAAACGAUCAGGGUCAGAGAACCUGCUCAAACCACCUAGCAACAACUACCUAAGUGUACCGGAUGAGGGGUCAGUGUCAGAGGACCGUAGCUCUCCUGCGUCUCUAGAAGACAGAGAUGGGGGGCUCUUCCUGCUGAAGAAGGACAGCGAGAGGAGAGCCAUCCUCUACAAGGUCCUGAACGAGGACCAGGACAAAGUCAUCUCCAACCUCCUGGAGAACCACAUACAGGGCAGUGAGGAGCUGCAGCUCUCUGUGGAUCACAUUAAACAGAUCAUCUGUAUCCUGAGAGAUUUCAUCCACUCCCCGGAGCGACGCGUCAUGGCAACAACCAUCUCCAAACUCAAACUGGACCUAGACUUCGACUCCACAUCCAUCAACCAGAUACAACUGGUUCUUUUUGGCUUCCAGGAUUCAGUGAACAAGGUCCUGAGGAACCAUCAUAUUAAACCUCACUGGAUGUUUGCUAUGGACAACAUCAUCAGACGAGCAGUACAGGCUGCAGUCACCAUCCUCAUACCAGAGCUCCAGACCCACUUCGGCCCGGCCUCGGAGAGCGAGGGACCAGAUAAGGAGGAGGAGGAAGAGGAGGAGGAGGCAGAGUUUGGCCCUGUAUUGGUCACGCCUCCAGACGACCCUGCUGUGACCCCCGAACCCGUGGUGACCUCAGCAGUCAGCACGCUCAGCUCCACCAUCUCCUCCCCGCCUCCGCCUCCGCGCUCACAGCCUCUCGGGGCCCAGUUGGGCCGGCUCAAACAGGAGACCAACCGGUUGUUGGAGGAACUGCUGCACAGGGAGAGAGAGUACCAGCAGGUCCUGAAGACAACACUACAGCAAAGACAACAUGACCUAGAGCUGGUCAGGGUCAGAUACAGACCCCCAGACGUUCCUCCUCCCUCUAUCUUCCAAGUCCCAGUUGACCACGAGCCUGAUAAGCAGCUCACUGAUUGGCUGAAAGACCAGAGUGCGGAUGCAGACACCAUAGACAAGUUUGUAAUGGAGGAGUACACGCUGAGCGAUGUCCUUAAUGAUGUCACUAAGGAGGACCUGCGCUACCUACGCCUACGGGGUGGGGUGCUGUGUCGUAUAUGGCGGGGUAUCCAGAGGCACAGAGAGCGAGAGAGGCUGACAAGGGAUGACUCCAAAGAUGACGGAUGAUGGGAUACAUGAACUACGACUGCCUUAACACUCACACACAGAGAAAUAGAAUGAAUAGAACGGGCGUCCCCAUUCAAGUCAAUGAUGGCAUAUUGGUUGGGCAGGCAGCCAUUGCAAGUGUACCCAUAGGGGCAAAGCAGGAAGUGAAAGCUGGAAGUGUACCCAUCAAUCUGUGUUGUGAUUUGUUGAAUCAACUCAACUGACAUUACAAAAAAAUACAUUCCAUGAGCCACAUCAGUUAGCAUAAUUUGAAUGAACAUUCUAUAUAACCAUGGGAAUUAUUGCAACACAAUACCAGGUAGCCAUUGCGAGUGUACCCAUUAUUACCAGUCAAAUUGCCAGGGUUAGAGGUUGCAAACCCAUUCUAUUUGUUCUAUUUCUAUGCAUGCACACAUGCACACACAGACCAAACUGUUGUGUGUAUGUGUUUGAUUAAAGUGUGUGAUUAAGUGUGUGUGUGUGUGUGUGUGUGUUAUGUACACCACACGGGCUUCUUAGGUUUCGUCCCAUGCCAAAUUCUGCCUGCUCAUUGGUCCUGUAUUGCACCAGGAAGUUUGUGGCCCUAGCCAAGAGAGGCAGUGGGCAUUUAGUUACACACACAACCAGACAACCAGUCUGUAAUGUAGUGUUUAUUUUUUGGUCUCUCUAAUUCUGUAUAGUGAGGUGUAUAAUAUAGAGGUCUAUAAUGUAGAACUGUGUUUGUAGUUAGCACAGGUCUGUGGCUUUUCAUGUUUUAGUCCAGCUGUGUUCAUGUUUUAGAUGUCUUCAUGUGAUUUCAAUGUGUUACUUUAAAGGUGCAAUAUGCACGAUUUACAGCUGUUCCAAGGUCAUUUCAAUAAAUGAUGAAUAUAACUUAA